UUACCGUUUACACGCCUAGCGACGUCACUGGUAGAAUUAACGCUACAAGUGAAGGUGAUUCUGCCUCAUUUCAUUCAAUCAGUUGAAUGAAAAUGUACUUCUAUUUUGUUAUAUUUUUGUUUGGUGCAGUUUCUUGCUGGGGUCCUGGCGAUUUUGAAAAAUAUGGACCUAUGCACCUGUCUUUUCGUUAUGUCAAAUGUAUCCAUGAUAGGAACCUAGAUCUGGACGUCAGCCAGGUCGACGCGUACUUCUACGAUUUCUCCAAAAACUUCACAGACACAUACCCAAUCAAGGACGCCGCUAAGGGUAUCCUCGAAAUUCCUAAUCUAGACAAAAAUAAAAAACUCAUCAUCUUCAAUCCUGGAUUCCGAUCAAAAAUUACUAAAAACACCGAAGAGAAAAUCAGAGAUGCAUUUAGGAAUUACCCAAAUAGUUACCUGAUUAUAUUCGAUCAUUCCCAAUAUACUAACGACAAUUUGGGAAGGAAGAAAAGUUACGAAAGAUCCGUGAGAUACGUCUACUAUAUUGGUAAGGAAAUCGGGCUGAUGCUCUCCGAUUUACAGAAAGGUGGAAUUAAUGCAAAGAACAUACAUUGUAUCGGCCACAGUUUGGGAAGUCAAAUGUUGGCACAUACAGGUGAAACUUUUAUGAGUAAAACUGGUGUAAAAAUAUCAAGGAUCACAGCAUUGGAUCCAGCCGGACCUUGCUUCUCAAACAGUUUCACUCAUGAACAAAUAAGAUCAGGUGUAGCUGAAUAUGUUGAAGUAUACCAUUGCAACGCCGGUAUGUUGGGAACUGCUAGUGUCUUAGGUGACAUAGACUUUUUUGUGAAUAAAAACGGGGCUGUGCAACCAAACUGUAACACUCCUUAUAUCCCUGGAAUAUUCGACUCUAGUAAAGCAGCCAGAUGUAAUCACAAGACUUGCGUUAAUAUGUACACUGCGACAGUUGGGCACCCAGAGAUGUUCCUGGCUCACAACUGCGAUACGUACAAGGAGUAUAAAAACGGAAUAUGUUCUAGAAAUAAUGUAACCAUUGCUGGUUUUUGGAAUCCUGGCACUGCAUUUGGAGUAUAUUAUUUUUCUACAAAAGGUUUAUUAUAAUAGAUCAAUACAUACUUAGAAAACAUUUGUGAUUAAGUCGAGACGUUUGAAAUUCGACUGAAGGUAGUUUCUUAUGUCCUUUAGUAAUGCUAUCUUGAUUGAAAAAAAUUUCUUUGACUUAUCUCAAUCCUACUAGUCAAACACCUCAACCAUUUGUGAGAAUAGGUUUUUGGAAGAUUUUUUGUUAUUUGUCGAAGUAUAUCUUUUAUUUAUUUACCGAAGAAAAAAAAUCUAAUCGUGAAAUUUAUUAAAAAUAAUAAUUACUAUAACUUAACUUACCAUUGCUGAGAUUUUUAAUUAAUAACUUUAUUAUUAUUAUAUAUGAUGUAAUUAAAUUCUAAAUAAUUAUUUAUAAUGAAAAGCAAUUAAUGUUUUAUUUCUAGAUAGGUUUAAUUUAUUAUAAACAUUGUAUUUAAUGAGUUGUAUAAAAACAGUUGCGGAUCGCAUUACUUUUCACUUAUUUCAUAAACGUACCGUCUGCCAUGACCUACUUAUUUUUAUAUUUAGAUUUUACUAUAAUCAUAACGAGAUGUCACUCCCUGGUUUCAUGGCGUUUCAACUGACAUAUAUAUAAAAAAUCCACCAUCUCUGUGUCCAACAAACGCGACAAACUACGAAACGAAUUUUUAUGCUAUUUUUUUAAGUGAUUCAGAGCAUACAUUCUGUCAAAGCACAAUCAAAUUCUCACUAAAAAUUUGAAUUGAAGUAGAAUUUUGCACUUUUUGAAUUUGUAUACCAAUCUGACUAGUGUAUGAGUAAGGUAGCGGUCGCUGGGAGGCCAGCUAGGGAACGUCCUCUGAUACCUCGUAUUGACAACAAAAGUAAGCGAGCUCGACGCUGUUUUGUUGGCAAGGUGAAGCAUGUAGACGAAGGACGUAUAUUCCAGCAAACGUGACUUUGAUGGAUGGAAGCAGCGUCGCAUAGGUACGGCCAACGGCCUGUAUUCGGUUCUGAUUCGUGUAUGAGUGUAGUGUGUGAGUCUUCAUAACAUUAUAAGAAAACCUGCACACUAGAUGACUUGUUUUGUUCAUUAAUGUGUUUACAAAUAGAAGAAGAAGAAGAAGAAAAGAAUAUCACAGAAAUUAGAAUAGCAAGCGAAUAAAAAAUGCGGUAAAUCAUUUAUCUUUUAAAUCAGUUUUUUAUUUGUAAAUUUGUUACCUUGUUUGUUUAUAAAUAUGUUUGUUGUUUGAUAAAAUGGUUAAUCACUUA